GCUAAGGCUUCCUCUGCUACUGCUUCAAAGAAUAAUCUGCUUGCUCAUUUAGGCAAAAUAAAAAUGAGUAACAAAAAAAAGUUCCCAAUCCAGAAGGUGAAGAUUGUGGAAAACACAAGCACAGCCAAGACAAAGAAACCGGAGGCUCCAGAGCCCAAGCAUGUUACAGAGCCAAAAGACAGUAAGUCUGUGGAGGACCCAAAGAUCCCUGUGACAGAUCAGAAAGAGAAGAAAACGGUGACCACCAUUGCAGAGCCAAAGGACAAAAAGAGUGAGACAGAGCCAAAAGAAAAGAAGACUGUGACGAUCUCAGACCCCAAAGCCAAGAAACCAGCAAUAGAGAAAGAGAAGAGGACGGUGACAUUUGUGACAGAAGUAAAAGACAAGAGGAUUGUGACCGACACAAAAGAAAACAGAAUUGCAUCAAUAGACACAAAGGAAAAGGUGCCAGUAGUAGUGCCUGAAGUAAAAGAGAAGAGAGUGCAGCUGUUAGACCCAAAAGAGAAGGUGGCUGUUUUGCCUACUACACCAAUUGGGUCAGUUGUGCAUGCUGAGCCUGUUGCACAUGCUGCGCCUGCAAAGCCUGUUGCGCCUGUUGUGCCUGCAAAGCCUGUUGUGCCUGCAAAGCCUGUUGCACCUGUUGCGCCUGCAAAGCCUAUUGCACCUGCUGCACCUGUUACGCCAGUUGUGCAUGCUGUACCUACUGCACCUGUUACGCCAGUUGUGCUUGCGCCUGCUGCGCCAGUUGCGCCUGCUGCGCCAGUUGCGCCUGCUGCGCCAGUUGUGCCUGCUGCACCAGUUGCGCCUGCUGCGCCAGUUGCACCUGCUGCGCCAGUUGUGCCUGCUGCACCAGUUGUGCCUGCUGCACCAAUUGCACCAGUUGCACCCGCUCUGCCCGUUGCGCCAGUUGUGCCAGUUGCACCAGCUGUGCCAGCUGCACCAGUUGUGCCAGAAGUAAAACAGAAGAUCCCGGUGUCAGAGGUGAAGGGGAAGAAGGAAGUGCCACUACGUGUGCCCGAGUUAAAGGAAAUCAAGGCGUUGUCAUUCGCACCAGAGAUAAAAGUAAAGAAGGUUGGAUCAGAGAUCAAGCAGAAGGCGCAUGUGAAAGACGUAAAAGAGAAGAAAAUUGUGCAAGACGUAAAAGAGAAGAAAAUUGUGCCAGAGGUAAAAGAGAAAACGCCUGUAGUCGUAAAGAAAAAAGACAGGACUAGUGAAGUGGCUCGGACUGUAGUUGAGGGCGUACUGGCUGCUGCUGCUGAGAGUGUGGAAGAAGCUAGAAACCCCAUCAAGAACAUCAAGUGGCUCACUCACGGGGAAUUCACACCAGAAAAGGGGCGAAAACAAAUUGAAAACUUUGUUUCAACAUGGGAGUUUCAAAACCGCUGGGUGUAUUAUGCUGAUUUUAUAGAGAAGAAAGACUUAAUUCAUUCCUACCACUAUAUCUACCGGGUGCGCUGGAGUGCCCCCACGGCUGUGAGACCCAUGGCACGAGUCAGUGCCAAUGCCUUAUUCACCAUCAAGUUCAACAAGAGCAAACCUGCCGAUAUGCCUGUUGAAGUCUCUUACAUCUUUGAGAAUUCAGAACUACUUCAAAGACCAGGAAAAAUUCGAUUUCGAGAACAGUGGCUGCGGGACAUUACUGAGACCAAGCAUAUUUUGUUGGAGUCCAUUCCCUUUAAAGUUGUUUGAUUCCUAUGUUAUGUUUGAGG